AUGGCAGCAGCAUCGAAAGAACAGCAACAUCGACCCGGUGACGAGACCGAAGACACACUCGACGAAACACUUUCCGAAGCUCGAAUUGAAGAACUGUCAUCAGAAAAUUCCGACGAAGACUACUCAGAUGUCACAGAAGAUGUAAUUGACGCGCCACCCUUUCCUGGCAACCACCUCCUCAAGCAGCAGCAGAUACAACAACGCUUGCCACAAUGGCUCAACCCCGAUACCUUCAACCUCUUCCACACCGAGGUUACCACCGAGACUUCCGAAAAGCAGACGGAGACUACAGCUGAAUGCCUGCCUCUGCUCUUCGGCAAAGAAACUCUAGCAGGUAUCCCCACCAACAGCCACGGCAUUCCUCACCUCAACCGAGCAAAGCACAUUACAUUUCUGGAAGGCUGGCUCGGCGGAUUCCCAGCACCAUACGUGCUCAUGGAUGCUAGCAGACCUUGGAUCUUCUACUGGUGUAUGGCUGGUCUCUCCUUCCUUGGCGAGGAUGUCAGUCACUAUAAGGAACGCUUGAUCACUACUGUGCGGCCACUGCAGAACCCCACGGGUGGCUUCGGUGGCGGACAUGGACAGUACAGCCACUGCGCAGGAACUUACGCCUGUCUUCUCGCGCUUGCUGCAGUCGGUGGACUGGAGACAGUGGACCGCAAAGCGAUGUGGCAUUUCCUUGGCCAGGUGAAGCAGGCCGAUGGUGGAUUCCGUAUGGCCGUGGGCGCAGAGGAGGAUAUAAGGGGAGCCUACUGCGCGAUGACAGCGAUUACACUUCUUAAUCUACCACUGGAGCUACCGCCGGAUGCGCCUGCUCGCAAGGCAGGAUUGGAGAAAUUCACGGAUGGACUUGGGGAGUGGGUGGGCAGAUGUCAGACCUACGAAGGUGGAAUUUCAGGGGCACCGACCAAUGAGGCACAUGGUGCCUACGCUUUCUGCGCGCUGGCUUGUCUAAGUGUCAUCGAUGCUCCGCACGUCAGCAUUCCAAAGUACCUCGAUGUUGACGCUCUGCUGCGGUGGCUUUCAGGCAUUCAGACAAAUCCUGAGGGUGGCUUCGCGGGACGGACCAACAAGCUCGUCGAUGCUUGCUACAGCCACUGGGUCGGUGGAUGCUGGUCGCUAAUCCAAGCAGCACUGUUUGGUAAGGCAGACGCAGGCAAGGUCAAAGACUGCUGGAGCCGAGAAGGUCUCAUCAGAUAUCUGCUAUGUUGCGCCCAGCAGCCCGGGAAGAAGGGUGGCAUGCGAGACAAGCCCUCCUGCAGACCGGAUGCUUAUCACACCUGCUACUCGCUAGCCGGUCUGAGUGCGGCACAGAACCACUUCCUCUACGACACAAAAGCCCCGGUGCAGGAUGAUUCCACUGGACGCUUAGAGGCGGGUUUCAACUGGACUGCUGUGAGCGCUUCAGAAGGUGAGAGGACGGCUUGGCAAUUUGAUGAGGAUGAUGCCGUGAAGCCAGUGCACCCUGUCUUUGUGCUGCCAUUCGACGUCGUGGAGAGGACCAAGGCGCAGUUCCAGAAGGGUGGGCUGUGA